AUGCCCGCUGCUCGCUCAGCCGUCGUGAGACCUGGUCGCAAGACCCGGAGCGGCUGCUUCACCUGCAAGUCCCGACAUGUCAAAUGUGAUGAACAGAAACCGUCCUGUCUACGCUGCGUAGCCACGCAAAGGAUCUGCGAGGGCUACCCGGCCCCAGUUAGCCGCAACCUGUCCCCUGACUGCCUGAGCGACGAAGAGCGCCGAGCUUUUUCGUAUUUUCGCAGCCGAACUGCCCAUCGGAUUUUUGGCUAUCGGGAUGCCAGCAAUUGGAUUUCCAUCCUUCUUCAGCUCGGCCAUAGUGAAGCACCGGUCAAGCAUGCCCUGACGGCGUUAGCUUCCUUCCAUGAAAGUCAAGAACCAGUCGAUGUCUGUGCUUCAAUUCGCCGAUCAGAAAAGCAGGCCCAGAUCAUGGCCCAGAUGCUGGCUCUGAAACAUUAUACGGCCGCAAUUAAAUCUAUUCAGACCGAGUCUCCUAACAUGUCAUCACGACCCGAUAUCACCAUGACCCUCUGUCUCCUUUUCAUCUGCUUCGAACAAUUUCGAAGCGGUGAUGCUGCAUGUUUACUCCAUCUCACAGCCGGUUUGAGACUGCUCUAUUGGUGGAGGUAUCGCACCAACGCCUACAACAAACUGCAAGAGUAUUCUCGCCCCACCUUGGACUUUAUCAACAACCAAAUAACACCGACAUUCCAACGCUUACGGGUGCAAUUCUCUAUAUGUAUGGAUUCUCGCCACACAUUAAUUAACCUUGGCGUUCCGCUAUGUCUACCAUCUCCUAAAAUCCCUCCAUUAUAUCCUUCCCUCAAUUCUGCGCGGAACGAUUUUGAUCGAGAGAUGAAUUACGUCUUUUCCUACCUCGAGCGGGAUCAGCAGACCUCAGAUGGCCAAUUACCAUCGCAACCUCCUAUCACCGUUUUACGUCAGUGGAAAGCAGCUUUAGACGCCUCCGAUUUCUCGGCCGAGUCCCCAAUCUUACGAGAAUGCACACGAAAAUUGCUAGAUCUAUACUUCUAUACCUGUUCUAUUAUUGCCGAAACCUAUCAUUCGGAAUUUGAGAGUAUUUUCGAUCAUUAUACCGACCGUUUCCAAACCAUUGUCGACCUCGCCGAGAGCGUGACGGAGAUGUGGAAGAGAGAAUCGCAGGCAUUUAGCCUACUUUUUAGCUUCGAUCUUGGAAUCACACCCCCAAUGUUCCUCGCAGCCUCCCGCUGCCGUCAUCCCCUUAUCCGUAGGAAGGCUGUUUCCUUGAUGCUCCAGUCUCCAUUCUACCACGGUGCUUGGCAGGACCGAUAUUCGGGACUCUGUGCGCAGCGAAUGAUCGAGAUCGAAGAGCAAAAUGUCGGAAUCAUUGUAGAUCACAUCAAUGUAACUGAGAACCAACGGAUACGGAAGGUUUCCGCGGACCUUCAGGAGGAAGGAUCCAAAAUCAUGAUGCGAUUUAUUCGAUGGCCGUUCGCGCCAGAUUCCCCGGUAUGCACCACUUUUGUGCCGUUGACAUCUUGA